AUGGGGCUCAGGAUUAGUUCAGCAGUAGAACUCCAGCAGUCCGAAGACUUCAUCAUCCGCACUGUGCAAUAUGAACCUUAUAAUAGGGAGAGUGACUGUAUCCUAAAUGAGAGGUCAAUUCCCACUGAUAGUGCUCUGAAAAACUUCACCCAUUCCUUCAUCACAAUGGCCUUGUCACCAAAACUCUUCCAAGUGAGGAUAGCUGAGUCGGAAAGGUUACAGAUAAAGUUUGCAGGAACAAGGAAACAAAGGAGGGACGGUGCCGGACCAUCGUAUUCCUCUUAUCCUGAGGAACCUCAGACUGUGAGGGACGGUGCCGUCCUUCCUACAGAUAAAAGGUUUUGCUGUACUGAGUGUGGGAAGUGUUUCCAUUCUAAAUCCCAUCUUAAUAGGCAUAAAAAAUCGCACACAGGGGAGAAACCUUAUUCCUGUCCUGAGUGCGGAAAAUGUUUUUCACAAACGUCCACUCUUUACAGACAUCAGAGAUCUCACACUGGAGAGAAAAUGUAUUCCUGUCCUGAGUGCGGGAAAUGUUUUUCACAGAAGUCCAAUCUUUACUCACAUCAGAGAUCUCACACAGGGGAGAAGCCAUGUUCCUGUCCUGAGUGUGGGAAAUGUUUUUUAAGGAAGUCUCAUCUUUACAGACAUCAGAGAUCUCACACGGGGGAGAAGCCGUAUUCCUGUCCUGAGUGCGGGAAAUGUUUUUCAGACAAGUCCAGUCUCUACAUACAUCAGAAAUCGCACACAGGCGAGAAGCCAUAUUCCUGUCCUGAGUGCGGGAAAUGUUUUUCACAGAAGUACAAUCUUUUGAGACAUCAGAGAUCUCACACGGGGAAGAAGACACUUUCCUGUGAGAAGCCAUAUUCCUGUCCUGAGUGCGGAAAAUGUUUUUCUCAGAAGUCCAAUCUUUACAAACAUCAGAAGUCUCACACAGGGGAAAAGCCGUAUUCCUGUCCUGAGUGCGGGAAAUGUUUUUUAGGGAAGUCCAAUCUUUAUAUACAUCAGAGAUCUCAUACGGGGGAGAAGCCGUAUUCUUGCUCUGAUUGUGGGAAAUAUUUUUCAGACAUGUCCAAUCUUUAUCAUCAUAAGAGAAUGCAUCUGAAAGAGAGGCCAUAUUCCUGUUCUGAGUGUGGGAAAUGUUUUGUAGAAAAAUCAAAACUUGUCAAACAUCAGAGGUCACAUGUUGUUGAAAAACCGUAUUCCUGUCCUGAGUGCGGGAAAUGUUUUUCGGAGAAGUCCAAUCUUUGCAUACAUCAGAGAUCUCAUACGGGUGAAAAGCCGUACUCCUGUCCUGAGUGCGGGAAAUGUUUUUCAGAAAAGUCCAGUCUUGAUAAACAUCAGAGAUUGCACACAGGAGAGAAGCCGUAUUUCUGUUCUGAGUGUGGGAAAUGUUUUUCAGUGAAGUCUAAUCUUUACGCACAUCAGAGAUUACACACGGGGGAGAAGGCGUAUUUAUGUCCCGAGUGCGGGAAAUGUUUUUCACGCAAGUCCAAUCUUGACACGCAUCAGAGAUCUCAC